GGACUGAGAAAGCUGAUGGCAGACUCCCAUCAGCCUGGGCCAGCAAGCUCCCACUGGACCCCAGGGAAGCCACCUUUCUGUAGCCAAAAGGUAAGGAAACAGGAGGGUGGCUAAACAUGUUUUGUUUUUUGUUUUGCUAAUUUCUGAUAUCACUUUUAUUUAAGUGUGUUGGUGUUUGUAAUGUAACACACAGGGAAUAAAUACAUGUUAAAAAUCCUAGAAGAACCUGACAGUUCCCUAUUAAAUAUAAAUUUAAAAAGUAUUUGUUUUAACAUAUUGCAUCAAGUGUUAUCAAAGGCUGUACACCAUUUUCAAAUGUCACUUUUGCCAAAUUCUGGACCAGGGUAUGUAAGAACAGAAUUGAGACAUUAUAUUGGCCAAGGUUGCUGGGAGUUGCUGUCCAAGAGCUGCUAGAAGGCAGAGAUUAAAAUAUGUAAAUGUACACAUAUAUAUGUGUGUAUCUGGCUGUGUUUAUGUCCUUGUGUGUAUCUGGCUGUGUUUGUCUGUGUGUCAGUGUUUCUGUGUGUAUGUAUACCUCAUACACCUGUAUGUGCACCUGUGUGUGUGUUUCGGUGUGUGUGUAAGUGUGCAUCUGAGUGUGUGGUAAUGCAUACAUCCCAGCAUUUUAAUGCCAACACAAAUACACUCCUACAUUCCAUCUCUAGCACUGUACACAUAUACACCCCUGCAUUUAUACCUUUAUGUAUGUGUGUAUCUGAGUGUGUGUGUAUAUACCUGUGUCAGUGUGUGUAUAUCAAAGUGCUUGUAUCUGUGUGUCAAAGGGUGUGUAUCUGAGUGUGUGUGUGUAUGUGUAUGUGCCAGUAUGUGUCAAGGUGUAAGCAUGUGUCAGUGUGAGCAUGUGUGUAUCUGCGUGUUAAUGUGUAUGUGUAUAUGUGUUAUAGAAAUCACACAACAUGCAAACAGACCCCUGCAAACACAAACAUUACAAACACACCAGUUUGCUGAAACACUAAUACUACACACAAAUGUACACAUGUAUUUAAAAGACAACACUACAUCCAAACACCCCCCUGCAUGCAAAUACAAACAUUACAUGCAAACACAUUCCUGUAUUAAAACGCUAAAAUUAUAUACAAACACCAACUCUACACACAAAAGUACACCUGCAUUUAAAAGCCAACACUACAAACAAUCACACAUCCCUGCAUUAAAAUGCAAACACUACACACAAGUACACCACUGCAUUCCAAUGGUAACAGUACAUACAAAUACACUCCUACAUGCACACAUACACUCUAUACAAUAACAUGCUGACAUUCAUUUGCACAAACACUGCUCAAAAAUACAACCCUGCAAGGAUGGUAGAUCCCCAGCUGGCAUAGCAUCGCAGGAGUUGUAUGGCAGAUGGGUAUCUAUCUUUUCUUUACUCUUGUGCUACAGGGCAGGCCUGAAUUUUUUUUUGUUGCACCAAGGCACUCUCUACAUUAGUUUCGCCUCUAGGUUGGGGUGGAGGGAGUGAUUGCAUGCCCAGGGGGCCCAAACAGAUGCUUGCCCAGGGUCCAAUAAAUAUUAAAGACGGCCCUGCUUGGAGUGCCUAGACCUUUCUUGUUUCUCUAAAUUGGUAUUUGGGACCUCGUGUUGGGUCCAGGUCUAGUUGCACCCUGACUCCGAAUUAUGGGAUUGAGUGCAGUUCCUCAUUUAUCUCAGUAAACAGAUACGAAAUGCAGGCCGACUCUCUCUGCACAAGAAAUAGAGCAAAACAGCACAAGAAAUAGAGCAAAACAGCAAAUCUCAAAAGAUCAUUCUGGCCUUGCUAGCAGGGCCGGUGCUCCCUAUAGGCAAACUAGGUGGCCGCCUAGGGCACUGCUUAAGAGGGGGGCCAGGCCUGACAAGUCAGAUUAUUGUGAGUAUGCUGCCGGCCAUUUUACUGGGCGCUCGAAGCACUUACAUUGUUGCUCACUAGCAACCGGUAGAACACAGGUCCGGCGGCAUACAGAUCAGUCUGCUCAGCCAGGAGGGGGAGGAAGAAAUUGAAGGGGGGGACGAAGAAAUUGACUGGGGGAGGGGGAGGAAGAAAUUGAAGGGGGAGGAAGAAAUUGACAGGGGAGGGAGGAGGAAGAGGGGAGGAAGAAAUUGACAGGAGGAGGGAGGGAGGGAAAUUGAAGGGGAGGAAGAAAUUGAAGGGGAGGAAGAAAUUGACAAGGGGAAAGGGGGCAAGAAAUUGAAGGGGGAGGAAGAAAUUGACAGGGGGAGGGAGGGGGGAGGAAGAAAUUUACAGGGGGGAGGAAGAAAUUGAUGGGGAGGGAGGAGGAGGAAGAAAUUGAUGGGGGAGGGAGGAGGAGGAAGAAAUUGAAGGGGGGAGGAAGAAAUUGAAGGAAGGAGGGGGGAGAAGAGAGUGACAAGGGAGGGAGAGGGGGGAGAAGAGAGUGACAAGGCAGGGGGUAGAGAUUGACAUCCAUCACACACACACAAUCACACACAAUGCACCCCUUACACACAAAGACAAUGCACCCCUUACACACAGAAAAACACACAAUACUUUACACACACAAUGAAUUAGACACACACACACAAGCAAUGCAACCCUUACACACAAUGCAUCCCUUACACACACAGAAACACACAAUGCAUUCCUUACACACCCCUUACACACACUCAAUGCACCCCUUACACACGCACACACUGCAUCCCGUACAUACACAGAAACACACCUUGCAGCCCUUACACAUACAAACACAGAUUCACACAAUGCAUUCCUUAUAAACAUAUCAGGACAUCCCCUACACACUCCACCCCCUGUAAACAAUUGGUGGAACAUGAAGGUGGACCCUGGGACCCAGACCUUGAGCUGUGUAAAGGUCCCCCAAAAAAUGGAGCUGCUUCCCGUUCUCCCAGAACAUUGAUUUUUGUGACCACAGUUACAAACAGCCUCCAGAGAGCCUGUUCUACACCAGACGAGUGGAGCCAGACUGCAGCUAGAGCCCAUCAUCAUCCUCAUCUGGUUGUAAGUAGGCAAUCUAGCAUGUAAUUCGUGGCACUAAUCUCUAAUUUACCUCACAUUAAAGAAACACUAUAGUCCCCAGAACCACUGCAGCUGACACUGCGCCUGCCGGACGUCCAGAGGACCGCCUGCUAUGUCAGGUAAAAGGGGAGACAAAGGUAGAAAAAUAAUUGGAAAGGGUUUAGGGGGGCUACUAAUAUGGAUGGGGGAGGGGGAGGUAGAAAAAUAAUUGGAAAGGGUUAGGGGGGCUACUAAUAAGGAUAGGGGGAGAGGGGUAGGUAGAAAAAUUAUUGGAAGGGUUUAGGGGGGCUACUAAUAUGGAUGGAAGGGGUUAGGGGGGUUAAUAUGCGUGGAAGGGGUAGGUGGGGUUCUUUUGUGCAUGGAAGGGGUAGGAGUGGUUCUAAUAUUCAUGGGAGGGGUAGGGUUGGUUCUAAUAUUCAUGGAAGGGGUAGGUGGGGUUCUAAUAUAAAUGGAAGGGGUAGAGACGGGUAGUAAAAUGUAUGGAAUGCAUUUCUGACAGUGUCACUGAAUGACAGUUAGGAAAUGUGGUCACCCUAAGUCAGGGGCAGUAUUACACAAUCUGUAUACGUAUAAAAAAAUAUAAAAAGUAAUCUGCAAAGUACAAAAUGUUUGUGUCAUAUGUCAUGCUAAAAAGUAAGCUAGGAAUAUGCAUAUUUUUUUAUUUUUUUAAAAUAAUUUUUAGAAUAAUGAUAGACAUUUUAUUUCUUACAUUUGUGAUGAUUCUUUUUUCCUCUCUAUAUUCAAGGGACACUAUAGUCACCAGAACCACAACAGUUAAACGUAGUAGUUCUGGUGUCUAUAGCAUGUCUCUGCAGGCAUUUUGAUGUAAGCACUGCCAUUUCGUAAAAAGGCAGUAUUUACUGCUGAGGAAUACCUCUAGUGGACACUCUGAUGGCCACUAGAGGUGCUUCCUAGUUGAGACAUGAAUGCCGCCCUAUGAAGUAUCUACGCAUGUGCGGCAAAGCUGCGCAUGCGCACCAGAGAGCAAUGACACUUCUGAGUAGAAGCGUUUUAUUGCUCCCUGUUCACACCCUCCUAUUUCGUCAUUUUGACGAAAUAGGGGGCGCGGCAUCAGGAGGAUCCCAGCGCUGUAUCCGGGUAAGUAAAAUCCCUUCCCUGUAGUGACUCUUUAAUGUUAUUAUUUAAUCAUUUAUAUAGCAACUGCAAAUUCCGUAGCGCUGUACAAUGGGAUAAACAACUCCAGUGUCAGUGUGUCUUUAUGGGUUAGUGUGUCUGCAUGGGUCAGUGUUUCUGCAUGGGUCAGUGUCAGUUUGUAUGGGUCAGUGUGUGUGUCUGUAUGGGUCAGUGUGUGUCUGUAUGGGUCAGUGUCAGUCUGUAUGGGUCAGUGAGUCUGUCUGUAUGGGUCAGUGUCACUCUGUAUAGAUUAGUGUGUGUGUCUGUACUGAUCAGUGUGUCUGUCUGUAUGGGUCAGUGUGUGUCUGUAUGGGUCAGUGUCAAUGUGUCUGUAUGGGCCAGCCCUUAACUCUCAUGGUAGAAAAACUGGAAAAGGUUCUGGUACUGGAUAAAGAACUAAUCUAUCCUUACAGAAAAUUUCGGGGGAGGCCAGAAUUUAACAUAUUGUGUAGACAGACGCCAGUAAUAGAAGAUCUUCCUGAGGAGGUGCUGAGAGGGUCCUUUGGUUCAAACAUUGAAAUGGGAUGAAUGUACAAUCACACAGUGGCACAAAGAAUCUUAAUUUUGGCUGAAUAUUCAGAACCACUAUUAAAGGGACACUGUGGGCGCUAUAACCAGUUCAUCUCAUUGAAUUGGUUAUAGUGCCCAGGAUCCCCUGCUACUGUCCCGCCUCCAUUUAGUGGUAACCUAUUUCAAAACAGUUUAACACUGAAUAAGGGUAGCAGAUCAACUACAGCCCAGCCCCUACUAGUGGUAUAAUGAAGGCAGAGGUUAUACACUUCCUUUAAGCUGUACCAAUUCAGACCAGCAAUGGGCCCUGUGAUAGGCUGAAAGUAGUCAGCUAACACUCUCAGCCAAUCACAGCUGCCCAUUGCUACUUAGGAUAAGUUUUCCUCAUUAGCCCAAACAGCACAGAGGGGAUGGGCUGCUGGGGACUUCUGUUUAGCAUUAAUACUAAACAGCUAAAAACUAAAUUGAAAGAUGGCAUCAUGGGACUCCAGACAUUAUAACCACUUCCACGAGAUGAAACAGGUGAACAACAAAAAAACAUGAUGAUGUCAAGGAAGAGAGAACCAAGAUUUGGACCUUUAAAUAACAUACAUUUUUGGGUCUUCAAAAAGUCUUCAAAAUGAGAGAUAGAUGGAGAACCAUGCUUGAUCUCCAAGUAAAUCAAAAGACUUUAUGAUAACAAGUAUGGCUGGGUAUGACUUUAGUGUGGAAUUUCACCUGCUCAUCUUAAUGGGAAACUAAAGUCUUAGUGGCAACAAUAAUAGGCCAGUGAUGAAUUCUGCCUUUUUCUAGACGGCUGCAAGAAUCAUACCAACUAGAGGAACAAUGUAUGCAGAUCCCAGCACAAUCAGCCGAAUGCCACACGAAAUACACUUCAAUAUACAUUCCUCAUAAAAGUCACGAAUACACAAGUGGGGAAUAAAAAACGAAAGACCGGCGUUUCCGAACGGCCUGGAAGUCCAGCGGUGUUCGUGCCGUCGAGUAGCCGAUUUUAGUUCCAGGCACUCGAUGACCAAACACCGCUGGGCAAAAAGGGAAUCCAAGAUGGCCGCUGCCUCGUGGUCGGUAGCCAAACGAUGGCCACCCUGUGAAUCAAUUAACAGCCGAUGGAUACAUUGUUGCAAUCGGUUAAUGGGAGCCACAUGCCCCCCUGUGUGUGGGCUCCCAUUCGGUACUUUGUUCGUUUCACGAACAGUGUUGAAAAUCACUGUUCGUGAAACUACCAUAUGAAUGCUAGCGGCUUUCGUGCCACUAGCAUACGAAUUCACUCUUUCACAUUUUAAGCGAACACAUUAAACAUCAUACAUAAACCAGUCUUUCUAGGGCAACCCUCAAAGAUAAACAAAAUAGUCUGAAGUGGCUAGGUUUGCCACAGUCAUAUCAGCGUUUGACAUCUUUCUUGAGAUAAAACCAUUCAGAGCUAUUCAAUAAAGUGAGAAUUCAAAGUUAAUUUUAGAUUUAAGGCCAGAGUAGCUAAAAUGGAAGCUUAGCUGACCUAGAGAUUGCUUUCCAGUUUGGAUAUUUUGAUCUUAAAUUUGAAUUGAAUUUUGAAUUCAUCUUGAAGUCUCACGUUAGUGAAUAACCCUGUCUGUUCUGAAGGGUGGUGAAGUGGGCCCCAUUAAAAAAAAGCAUCCUUUGCAAAGGUGCCAGGCUGCUUUUUCUCAUAAUGUAUUAGCGUCCAAAAUCUCGACAGAUCCGUAUCAUGUUGUUGUGGCCCUUUGCUGUCAGAAGUAUAUUGUCUACGUCAGGGAUAGGCAUUCCAAAUGUUUUGGACUACACCUACUGUUAAGACACCCCUGGUGUCUUUAAGAAAAACCGCCGUUUAGUUAACCUUCCACGUUCACAAUAUCAGUAACUCCGUUCGCCUAGACUACAGUAUACGAACCACCAUCAGGGGAAGCGGUAAUCUCCCGACCGGGAUCCGUGAAAGGUUCCAAACUCCCGAACAGAAAUCCACGAACCGCCGCUAACCACCGAACGAAGAUAUCCACCAAGCGGCUUUCAGUUCCAAUAAUCAGUCUCUAGGCAUCAAUAGUAAAUCCCCCCAAUAACAAGACAGAAGCUCCGCAUUGAGGGCCAAACAGGAUCUGGCUUUACUGUGGGCUACCCGCCCGUAUUUAUGCAGGUCUCCCACUUGGUGGACACUCCCCUAGGGGACCAAAUGGGAGACUGUAAUGACAGAUAGACAUGGGGACAUUUCAGACAUACAGAUGUAAACUUUUCCCACAAUGCAAUAUGGUUUCCUCCCCUCUGCCCUGGAGAUAAUUGAGAAGUAAUUAAAUUAUCUCCAGGACAAAGACAAAUCGCCAUCUUAAAUAAAAUGCCAGAAAACACACAAAAAUAUAUAAUUCUACAACUACAGAACAUUUCACAUUUGUAUCACACAUCCCCAGAUAGCCUGGAUCUGAGGGCAUAUUAUUAGCGAAUAGCGCUCAGAUCCCACACACAUAGUUCAAUCGCCAUGGAGUCAAAGUUCUUACAGUCUUUCGGUAUGCGAUUGACUCCAUAGGAAGGCUAUCUGGGUUAAGGCUUUUUGUGUGAUUCCAAACUCCCGAACGGCUGGUGUUCGCAUGCUUUCGUCGAUGGAGUAGGGCGACCCGUUGUUUCAGCGGUGUUUGGCAGAAAAAGUGUCCGUUUUUAGUUCCAUGAAAUCAGUGCCGAACACUGCUGGUCUUUCGUGUGUUUUAAAAUGGCCGCUGUCUCGUGGUCAACAUACGAACGACGGCCACCCUGAAUUGGGUUUAAUUGAGAAGUGUCUGCGGUUAAACACAACGUUCUAAUUGGGAUCAAGAGGUUAACCAGCAGCACACUUCUAUCCUGGGUGGCUAUCCGUUCGGUAGAUUUGUUCGGUAAAAAAGAGUCAUUCGUAUGGCUUGGCUAUAGAAACAGCCAUUUACACGAAGGAAGGCAGAAAUAAACGAAUCCACCACAAGAGACAGACAGAUGGUUCUGUCACAUGGCUCCCUCCUUGUGGGACACUCCGGCAGACCCGGCUUGAACCUUUGGCGGGUCAACUUGGGGAUGACCGGACUAGGAGGUGGUGGAGAUGUCAGUUUGCCGGGAUAACCCAUCUGCAUUCCUGUUCUGCUUAACGGGUCUGUAGCUGAUAGUGAAAUUGUAGGGCUGUAGUGCCAAACUCCACCUCAGCAGUCUACCAUUGUCCCCUGAGACCCGGUUAAGCCAGACGAGUGGGUCAGUCACAAGGGAAAACUCUUGCCCGUAUAAGUAGGGACUUAACUUCUUCAAUGCCCAGACCAAGGCUAAACACUCCUUCUCCACUGCAGCAUAAUUCACUUCUCUGGGUAACAACUUUCGGCUGAGAUAUGCGACAGGGUGCUCUCCUCCAUCCUCCCCGACUUGGCUCAGCACAGCCCCCAGUCCAUACAUGGAAGCAUCUGUGUGAACGAGAAAAUGUUUGUUAGGGACUGGGGCAGCCAAGACAGGGGCAUUCACAAGAGCCUGUUUCAGUGCCUGGAACGCAGCUUCACAAGCCAGAGACCACAGGACCUGCUUAGGCAAGUUCUUCUUCGUCAGGUCUGUCAGGGGCUUAGCAAUAGUGCUGUAGUCAGGGACAAAACGUCGGUAGUACCCUGCCGUCCCCAAGAAGGCCAAUACCUGGGUCUUAGUGGUAGGUGUAGGCCAGUGAGCCACUGCCUCGACCUUGGCUGGCUCUGGUCUCUGACUCCCACAUCCCACUCUGUGACCCAGGUACUGUACUUCAGCCAUACCUAGAUGGCACUUCUCUGGCUUCAAUGUCAGGCCAGCGGCCUGAAUCUUAUCCAGUACCACCCCUACAUGAACCAGGUGUUCCUCCCAGGACCCACUGUAAAGCGCAAUGUCGUCCAAGUAUGCACAGGCAAAUUCUUGGAAGCCAUCCAGGAGUCUAUCCACCAUCCGUUGGAAGGUAGCCGGGGCAUUCUUCAUUCCAAAAGGCAUGACCUUAAAUUGGUACAGGCCAAACGGGGUGAUGAAUGCCGACUUGGGGAUAGUAUCCUCGGCCAGGGGGAUCUGCCAGUAGCCCUUACACAGGUCUAUGGUGGUCAGGUAGCGCCCCCUGGCAAUAAGAUCUAGUAAUUCGUCUACCUGGGGCAUCGGGUAGGCGUCAGUGGUGGUCCGCUCAUUGAGUCGCCUGUAAUCUACACAGAACCGGGUGGUCCCGUCCUUCUUGGGCACCAGGACUACAGUCGAGGCCCAAGGGCUGUCGGAGGGCUCGAUGACCCCAAGCUGGGUCAUCUCCUGUAUCUCCUUCCGCAUUCCUUCUCGGACUGCUUCAGGGAUACGAAGUGGCGGCUGUCGUAAGGGGGUCUGUCUAGGGGUCUCGACCUUAUGUACAGCUAGGGUAGUAUAACCUGGCUCCUGGGAGAACGUCGCCUGCUUCUCCCACAACGGCUGUUUCGUCUGUACCCUUUCUGUGGGGUUUAACCUGUCCCCUAGCUUUACAAGGUUAGUGAGGUCAGUCUGGGGGUCCCUUUCUAACAAAUCGGGAGGGGGUAAAUUCUCAGGAUCAUCUGCAGCCGGGGCACAUACUGCCGCAAUAUUCUCAGGUCUCUCCUGGGUCUCUGAACCCUUUUGUCACGGUUCUCACCUGAUAGACAGACGGCAAGACGUGGUCGCUCUUGGAGUUCCCAACAGGGGACUUGAACCGGGGAUCUUCUCAGUCCUGGUCCUGCUUUCUACCUCUGAGCCACAGCAGCUAUUUACAGUGAAGACUGAUUCCAAUCCUGUUCAUCCUGACAUGGCUACUACUCUGGGGGCUGCACCUUGACUUGGCUGUGUUUCACCUGACUCUGAUCAGUCAUCAGCAGGGUAUAUAAACCCAGCCUCGCCCUGUGCUCAGUGUCAAGUCUUGAUCCUGUUUGUUCCAGUGUUCCUGUUUCAUCGCUUCGCAUUAUUGACCCCGGCUUCCUGACUCGUUUAUUCUGACUUCUGGCAUCCCUUGACUUCGGCUACUCCUCGUUGUUCCUGUCCUCUGGCAUCCUUUGACCUCGGCUAUCCCUCUACCAUCCUGCUGGUUCAGUCCUUGCCUGUCCUGCGUAUUGGUACUGCAUCCUGCACAGCCCCCGUGCACAGACCCACAGGCCAGGUGAAUUCUUACCUGACCACCUCGGCCUGUGGCUAUCUGCAAGGGUGAGCAUCAUAUCUGCGCUACAGACUCCCAACUCAGGUAAGACCCUGACAUAAGACUUGACCAUUAUGGAGUCCGCAGAGAUGUGCUCACCCUCGACCCAGCGUGUGUCCAGCCUGGCCCAGACUGUUUCGGAGCUGCAGCAAGAAAUUUUAUUCCUUAAAGGCGCAGUACAUCCAGCCCCGGAACCAGCUUUUCCUGAACCGUUUGUCAUCAUGCCCGACCGAUUUGAUGGUAGCCGCACAUCCUUUCAGUCUUUCAAGAUGGAUUGUGAGGUGUUGUUUUCUUUAAAGCCUCGAACAUAUGCCACAGAAUUCAUCAGGGUCAGAGCGGCUAUCAACCUGUUGUCUGGACGCAUCAAAGUUUGGGCUCACCAAAUGUUGCAGACGAAGAGUCCUGUCCUGGUCAGCUGGGAAUCCUUUAGUACUGCUAUGGACUCACAAUGUAAGACCACUGUGGCCAAGUCAGCUCCACGUACUAAAAAAUCUCAGACUCUUCCUAACCAAGAAACCGAGUACCACCACUACGCCCCAGAAAUGCCUCCUUAUGUUCCAGCUCCCAGGAAAACUCCAGAGGUAUCCGGUGUUCCACUUGACCCUGUGGAACCUAUGCAAUUAGGACUCGUCCACUGCAAAGUGACACCUAAGGAAAAAGACCGAAGGAGAAGCUAUGGCCUAUGUUAUUACUGUGGAGAAAAAGGGCACUUCAUCACGCUUUGUCCUGUUCGCCCUCCUAGACCUCCAGCUCUCCGACUUGGUACUAGUUUCCUUCGCCCUGUGUACACCGCAUACCAGCCUAAAAAGCCAAAUAGAAGCCGUUGUGCUUGCACAUGCUUGGCUUCCGCGAGAAAACCUCCAUCCCCUGCUCCAGAGCCUCCUGCAUCUACUCCCGAAGUUGCUUCCUGUGAUACCACCACUACUUCCUGCCCGCCCGAAGAGGUUUUACCUGUGGAUUGUGCCGUUGCUUCUAAUGGCACUAUAGUCCGUAAAGAAGACCUUGAUGUGUUCGAAAAAGCAUUGUUAGCUGCGAACACUGCUCCUGCCAAAGUUUUGGAAGUGCUUGCCACCUGUACCCGGAACCUAAAAGACCUGGACAAUUCUCCAGCCGUACCAGAAGCUGGUACUGCGGACUCCCAGGCUGUAAAGGGAAUCCUUGCUGGGGAGUUUGACUAUGGGGACUCACUGGAUUCAGAUAGUGACCCUGGAGAGGUGUACUAUGCUGACAAUGAACCCAUUCACGCCCGGAGGUCGUUUUUAAAGGGGGGGGUACUGUCACGGUUCUCACCUGAUAGACAGACGGCAAGACGUGGUCGCUCUUGGAGUUCCCAACAGGGGACUUGAACCGGGGAUCUUCUCAGUCCUGGUCCUGCUUUCUACCUCUGAGCCACAGCAGCUAUUUACAGUGAAGACUGAUUCCAAUCCUGUUCAUCCUGACAUGGCUACUACUCUGGGGGCUGCACCUUGACUUGGCUGUGUUUCACCUGACUCUGAUCAGUCAUCAGCAGGGUAUAUAACCCAGCCUCGCCCUGUGCUCAGUGUCAAGUCCUUGAUCCUGUUUGUUCCAGUGUUCCUGUUUCAUCGCUUCGCAUUAUUGACCCCGGCUUCCUGACUCGUUUAUUCUGACUUCUGGCAUCCCUUGACUUCGGCUACUCCUCGUUGUUCCUGUCCUCUGGCAUCCUUUGACCUCGGCUAUCCCUCGACCAUCCUUCUGGUUCAGUCCUUGCCUGUCCUGCGUAUUGGUACUGCAUCCUGCACAGCCCCCGUGCACAGACCCACAGGCCAGGUGAAUUCUUACCUGACCACCUCGGCCUGUGGCUAUCUGCAAGGGUGAGCAUCAUAUCUGCGCUACAGACUCCCAACUCAGGUAAGACCCUGACACCUUUCAUCUGUACAGUUGGCUAUCAAGUAAGUAGUAUUGCAAAUCUGCGCUAUUACUCGGUACGGGCCCUGCCAAGAUGCUUGCAUCUUGUUUGCCUUCACAGGUUUAAGCACCAAUACCUUCUGCCCAACCUGGAAGACCCGCACCCUGAUCGUACCACCUCUUCUGUCUCCCCUGGGCCGCCUGGAGAUUCUCCCUUACUAUCAGGGAUAGUUUCUCCAUGCGGUCCCGGAGUUCCAGGACAUAUGGCACGAUGGGGGUCCCCUCCUGCUCCGUCUCCCCCUCCCAGUGGCCCCGAAUGAGAUCUAGGGGUCCCCGGACCCUUCUCCCAUAGAGCAACUCAAAGGGGGAGAACCCAGUAGAUUCCAGGAUUGUUCUUGUAAUGUUACACAUAUCGAGGUUGUUCUGCUAGCCUCCCAAAUCUCCUGCCACUCUACCCCCUCAAGUUCCUCCCCCAGGUCUCUCUCCCAUUGUGUAAUAUAAGUCAUCUCCCCCCACCCCCGCGCCACAGUGCAGAAGUGCGUGUAGAGCUGUGCUAUGAGUCCCUUCGGUAUGCACCCUGUAUUGCACAUAGAUUCAAAGAACGUCAGUGGUCCCUGUGCUAUUGUCUUGAUAUGGGGUUGUCUGGCAUAGUCCUUAAUCUGCAGAAAUCGAAAGAAAUCCGUUGGUGUUAGGUGUCUGUCCUGUCAUAGUUCAUCAAAUGUUAUCAUGUCUGGGCCCCGGUAGAGGUGGCGAAGUCUCUGCAGGCCCGCAUACUCUAGAUUCCUAAAAUUCCUAGCCGCCAUCCCUGGAGCAAACGUAUCAUUUCGUAAUAUUGGCGUAAGGGGGGAGGGACAGGACGCCAGCCCGUACUUUCUGCUGCAAGAAUCCCAGAGCCGCAGAGAGUUCACCACCGCCGGACAGGUGACCCCAAUCGGUGGUCUAUGUUCCUUAGGUACCCAUAUCACAAACUGGGGCAUAUCCAUCCCCAUCAUAAAUGACUCUAUGUCCACCCAUCUCCGCUCGUCUGGGGGUGAAUGCCAGAGCGCUACCUGAGCUAAUUGCACCACUAUAUAGUAGUGGUACAGGUCUGGGAGGCCAACCCCCCCCCCUUGUCCUUGGCCUAUACAGAAUGUAUCUGGAUAUGCGGUGUCUCUUAUGCUGCCACACAAAGUUCCCUAUUGCCCGUUGGAGCGGGGUGAGCUGUGCCCUAGUCAAGGGGAUUGGAAGAGCCAGGAAGAGGAACAAGGCCCUCGGCAGGACGUUCAUUUUGACAGAAUGGAUCCGCCCCAUCCAAGAUAUUGACUUAUCGAUCCAUCUGUCCAUAUCUCUCAUCAAUGCAUGCCAUAACGGAGUAUAAUUGCAUGCAUAUAAGUCGUCUGGGUCUGCGGUCAAUUGAAUUCCCAGAUAGUUGAUAGAACGCGUCUCAAUCUUAAUAUGAUGCUCUCUAUGUAUUUGGGCUAUAUCUUCCUUUGGCGUUCUAAUGGGGAGUGCACUCGAUUUUGUCAUAUUCGCUUUAAAUCCGGAAAUUUCCCCGUAUGUUGCCAAUACCUCACGCAAAGCCAUCAUAGAUUCACCAGGACUUGUGAGCGUCAGAAGUACGUCAUCGGCGUAAGCAGCUACUAAAAAUUCCUUACCACCCACCCGUACCCCGUGGAUCCCCGGAUGUUUCCGGAGCGCUUGCAGGAAGGGCAAAAAGUAGAGGGGAGAGUGGGCAUCCCUGCCGAGUUCCAUUAUAGAGCGGGAAGGGGGAAGGCGGCGACCCCGAGACCCGAACCUGUGCUCUAGGAUUACUGUACAUAGCCUCCACCAUUGUAAUGUAUUCCUCGGGGAACCCCAAAUGCCGUAGCACCGUAAACAUAUAACGCCACUUAACUCUAUCAAAAGCUUUUUCAGCAUCUAUAGAGACUGCCAGCGUGGGCAUGUUCGUGACUGUUUGUUUCCAUAUGAGGUCUAUGUUCCUACGGGUAUUUUCAAACAAUUGUCGUCCUGGGAUGAAGCCUACCUGGUCGGGGUUUAUAAGACAUGUCAAAUGUGGGGAAAGUCUAUCGGCCAUUAUCUUAGCUAGUAUCUUCAUGUCCUGAUUUAUGAGGGAAAUGGGCCUAUAACUACCAGGCAGCAGCGGGUCCUUAUCGGGUUUGGGAAGUAAUACAAUGGAGGCCAAUGUCAUGUCCGGGCUCGGUGUGCCCCCCUCCCUAAAGUGGUUAAAUAGUUUAAGCAUGUGGGGUACAAGCUCCUCUGUAAAGGUCUUAUAAUAGGCGCCAUCAAACCCAUCCGGUCCCGGGGCCUUGUUCCCUUGUAGCCCCCCGAUCGCCCUAACUACCUCCUCUUCCGUGAUCUCUGCCGCCAGCUGUGUCCUAGCCUCUUAUGGGAGCUUUGGUAAGCCUAAAUAAAAAUCUGUAAGUGCUGUCCAUCUCCUGGGCACCGCAUUGGGCGUCUGCAGGUGUGUGAUUAUAUAACGUCUGGUAGAAGUCUCGGAAAACUUCCGCCACCUCCCCGGGUGCAGCCCCAGGCUUUAAAUAGAACCAAGACACAGUGUCUUCUGACCUUUCCACUCCAGGUACUCAGGUCACAGUACUGGAAAAAUCCCUGCCAUUGGAGAGACUCCCAGGUUUGUGAACGGUGUCAAGGUUUAGGACACUUCUGGGUUCUUGGUCCAGAUUGUGAGGAAUGAACUGUGGCAUGACUAGGGUCCGAUUGCACAUCAGCGAGAGUAGAUUGUAGCGCUCAUGCGUUGAUGCAAAGCCAGAUUUGUAUCAAGUUACGGGCUGCCAAAAUAAUGAUUGCACUCAGUUGUUUGUGUGCAUAUUCAAAUGAUGGGGGGAAUCACAUAAGUAGGAAUAAUUCAGGGGUGUUCCUGGUGUGUAGGACCUUGAGGGCACUUAACGUGUUUUGUACUUCUACCCAAAGGGGUUGGAUGUUGGGGCAUGACCACCAUAUGUGUGCGCGCCUUUCUCUGCUGAGCACCUCCAGCAAAGGGUGGAUGUAUUGGGAUAAAUUUUGUGGAGAGUGUAUGGAGUUAAAUGCCAUCUGUACAGCAAUUUUCUAUGUGCUUCUAUAUGGGUGUAGCACUUAGUCCAUUUAGAUAUGUCAUUCAGUGCGUGGAUCCAUUCGUCAUCUGUGAGUUGGAUAGCGCAUUCUGUUUCCCACAUUGUUUUGCAGUGCGGUGUAGUGUUGGUUAGGGUAUCAUCCCAGGCCUUAUAGCAUAGGGAAAUAUUUUUCUUUUUCAUAGGGCCCUUCCAGCAUCUUUCUAUUAUCGCUUUUGCUGAAGAGGGGGUUGGGCUAAGGUUUUGUUGUUGUCUGUUUACGUGUGUUAAAGGUAAUGAUCCCUUUUAGUUGUAGGUAUGUGAAAAUAGUGUUUGCUGGUAGUUCCCAUUUCUGUUGUAUGUCUGUGAAGGUCAUUACGUCUUGUGAUUGUAAUAAUUGGUGAAUGUGCAUAAUACCUGCGUGUGACCAUGUCUGGAUACACAUGUCAGGUGAUAUGGCCCUUAGUGCUGUUAGUGGUGCGUUGGGGUGGAAUGUUUCUUUGGCUCCCAUUGUAUCUAGGAAUUUUGACCAAAUUUGGACGGUUAGUGACGUGGUCGGGAAUAGGUUUGGCUUGUUUGGUCUAUGUUUCCUCAGCGUCCAUAGGAAGUCGAGUGUCGCAUUUUUGUCCAAUUGGGCUCUUUCCAUGUCCACCCAUUGAAUAUUACCUUUUUCUGAGUGUAUCAAUAUGCCUGAUGCCAACAUUGUGGCUUUGUAAUACUAGCCUAUUUAGGGUAGCCCUACUCCUCAGUUUUUUGGGUGUUUAUAGAGUAAGGUGCGAGAUAUGCGUGUUUUUUUUGUUUCCCCAUAUGAAUGAGCUGCAGAUGUUUUGCAGGGAGUUGAGGAGUGUUUGUGGGGCCUGGAUGGGGAGCAUUCUGAAUAUGUAGAGUAUCUUAGGCAACAACAUCAUCUUGUAUGCGUUGAUUUUUCCUAGCUAUGAGAUGUGCGUUUGAGACCAUUUUUGUAUGUCUCUUUUGCAUUGUUGGGGGAGCGUGAGGUGAUUUAAUUUCAGGAUUUCGUCUAAUGACGGCGCUAUUUUUACACCUAGGUAAGUUAGUGAUGUCGUUCUCCAGUCAAAGGGGUAGUUAUCUUUCAGUGUUGUUUUGGUGGCUAAAGGAAGCCCAAUAGGGAGGGCCUGGGUUUUAUCUUGAUUCAGGCGAUAGUGGGAGAUGUCGCCGAAUGCUUUCAGGGUUUCCAUGAGGGGUGGUAGAGAUCGCUGGGGGUUCCCUAAUGUUAUCAAAAUGUCAUCGGCGAACAAUGCCAAUUUGUAUUCCUGUCCUGAAAUUUUGAUUCUAUUUAUGUUGGGAUCUGUACGUAUUUUUUGGGCCAACGGUUCGAGGGAUAGGAUGUAAAGCAGGGGGGAUAGAGGCAUCCCUGGCGCGUCCCGUUUGUGAUAGCAAAUGGUCUAGAUAUGAAGACACCAUGAGCCACUUUGGCCGCUGGUGUUGUGUAAAGUGCCAUGAUUCCCCUGAUAAAUUCAACCGGGAAUCCAUAUUUGGAGAGCACUUGCUGCAUUUAUGCCCAGUUGAGUCGGUCGAAGGCCUUCUCCGCGUCUAAUGCUAGGAGGAGACCUCCGACCGAAUCUCUUCCCAUUGUGGUCAGUAUGUUGAGAGUUUUUCGGGUGUUGUCUGAGCCCUGUCUUCCCCCAACAAACCUGGAUUGGUCGUCGUGGACCAAUUUUGCUAUCAUCGGUGCUAAUCUGUUGCUUAAUAUUUUUGCAUAUAGUUUGGCGUUGCUGUUUAGGAGAGAUAUUGGUCUAAAGUUUUUGCAGAUGUUCGGGGGUUUACCGGGUUUGGGUAGAGUGGAGAUGUGGGCUAACAGUAAUUCUGAUGGUAGAGUUCCCUUGUCGCUGCAGUUAUGGUAUAGGUUCAGUAGGUGUGGUGUUAUGUGUUGGGAGAAUUCUUUAUAGUAUCUGUUUGGGAGACCAUCUGGUCCUGGUGCCUUGUUCAAUGGUAGGUCUGCUAUGGCUUUGGAUAUUUCUUCGGGAGAUAUUGGUUGUUUGAGUUGAUGAAUGUUGUCUUGUGUUAGGGAUGGUAAAUCAAUGUUUGCCAGGAAGGCGUCAAUAGCAGCUGGGGUGGGUAUUUGCACUGUCUUGUCAUCCUUUAGAUUAUAUAGUUUGUGAUAGUAGUUGGCGAAUUCAUUUACAAUUUGUUUCGGAUCUAAAAAAUUUUAACCAUUGUUGUUGCUAAGGGAGGCAAUCCUGGAGGCGAUUGAUUUUUGUUUGAGUUGUGCAGCCAGUUUUGCUCCGGCUUUAUUACCAUAGGUGAAGUAUUUGUGUUUGGUCUUCUGUAGUAUGUGUGUGGUUUUGGCCAAUUCAAAGUCUCUUAGUUGAGAUUGUGCUUUUAGUAAAGCUGCUUGUGUGGUAGGUGUUUGGGAUUGUUUAUUUUUAUGUGUUAGUGCGGUUAUUUCUUCCAUCAGUUUUAAGUAUUGGGCUUGACGGGCCUUUUUGGCUUGGCUUCCAUGUUUUAUGAAACUGCCCCUUAUCACAGCCUUAUGGGCUAGCCAUAGGUAUUCUGGUGUGGUGUCUGAUUGUGUGUUUUCUGUGAAAUAGUUUUGUAGAUCUGUUGUAAUAUGUGAUAUCACUACCGGAUCAUUGAGCAGAGACUCAUUUAAUCUCCAGGUCGAUCUGGCGUUAGCAGGAAAUUGUUCGGUCAGAGUUAGAGUGAUGGGGGCAUGAUCCGACCAAGAGAUAACGCCAAUAUCUGCGUUUAUUAGUCUCGUUAAUUACGUGGCUUUAAUUAAGAAUCUAUCAAUUCUAGAAUAGCUGUUGUGUGCAGCAGUGUAACAUGUGUAAUCUAUUUCUGCCUGGCGUGAUAUCCUCCAUGGGUCUUCAAAGUUGUGUGUUGUUAGUGUUUGGCAGAUUUGGGAUGUUUGUUUAUGUCGUUGUUUUAGUGUUGUGCUGGUUACCCUUGUUGAGGUAGAUGAAUCUAUAUUUACGUCCAGGAGGAAGUUAGUGUCGCCUCCAAGAAUUACCUCCCCAAAGCUGUACCUUGACAAGAGACAAAAAACAUUAUCCAUGAAUACAGGUUGACUUUCGUUUGGGCUAUAAACAUUCAUCAACGUAUAUGGUUGGUUAUUGAGACGACAUUGUAAUAUAAAAUAUCUACCCUUUUUGUCUCAGAUUUUGCGAAUGAGCUCGAAGACAACAGAUUUAUUUAUUAGGAUCGAUUCCCCUCUUUUUUUUUUGUGGUAGCAGGUGUGGUAGUCAACAGGGAACCAAGGGGAGGUAAAUCUGGGUGUGGAUCCCCACUUAAAAUGGGUUUCCCGAAAAAACGCCACAUGUGCCGCCUGUCUUUUGGCCUCUUGGAGGGCGAGUCUGCAUUUGUUGGGUGUGUUUAAACCUUUGACGUUUAGAGAGAAGAAUUUUAGUGGCAUAUUGCUUGUUGUUAUGGUGAUGAUAUUAGUGUAUACGCCUAUGUACUUUCUCCAAUAAAGGAGUAUUUUGGGUGUUAUAUAUUGUUACUUAAACUGCAAGAGGUAACUUGGUAGGGUACGGGGAUGGGGUUGGGGUAAAACUAUGUACACUUGCCCGUUAGCCACUAGGGCCUGAUGCAACAAUGUGCAGACGGGUAUUUAAAGGCUCACUGGUGGGCCUGUUUUGGGGGUUAGUGGUGGCUUGGUGUAAAGAUAGAUUGGUAUUCUUAAAUGAGAGAGGUGACUAUAGUCUUAAUCUUAGCAAACGUAAUCUAAACAGUAGCAGUUGUAGUACAAUCCAAGUUGAAACAGUUUGAGUAUUCCGCCAUUUGUGAGCCUAUGCUAAGGGGCCACUUGCGCAGUAUAAUUACCUAUUAUUUUUUUUAUUUUUUUGGUUUUUGUACAUUAGAACAUUUAACCCAGUUAAAUAGCAAUACAACAACAUUAAUGCAAGUGCGAUGCGUUACGUGUCUUGUAGCGGAGUAGGAUGGUGUUCAAGGCUGGUAAUUUCUGCGGCCUUGUGAAGUAUUGUUGAUCCAAGGGACUUGUUGCCAGUCUCUCGCCAUUUUACGUGGUGGCAGUGUAUCAGUCUUUAGUUUUUCACUCUGCGGAGCAGGGAUAGGAAUGUUCCAAUCUUCCAGAAUCUGUAUGCCAUCUUCAGGCUUGAGGAUUGCGCGGUCUGUUCCGUUGCGUUUGAGAGGAGUUUGGUAGGGAAUCCCCAUUUGUAUAAGAUGUUGGCAUUUCUGAGGGCUGUCAUGAUCGGUGUGAAUGAGCGCCUUUUGUUAAUUGUUGAUGCUGAGAGGUCGAUAAACAAUUUUAUGUUUGUGUAUUCUUCAGGGAGAGAUGAAUUAAGUCUUGAUGUCUGCAUUAUUUGGUCUUUGACUGUAAAAUAGUGGAGUCUGGUUAUGACGUCCCUUGAGGUAGUUGUGGGCAGAUGUCUUGGCUUGGGUAGCCUGUGGGUUCUGUCCAAGCGAAGAUCCGCAUCUGUUAAUGAUGGGAUUAGGGAUUUGAACAACUUCUGUACGUAGUGUGUGAGAUCUUGUGGACCUAUAUUUUCAGGUAUUCCAGGUAUCCUUAUGUUGUUCCGUCUGUCUCUAUCCUCAUUAUCUGCAAUUUUCCCUUCCAGGUAUUUAACUUUGUUUUCCAGUGCUGUAUGUGCAUCUGCUAGCUCAUUGUGUGCUGUUAAAAUACCCUCUGUCUUUUCUUCCAGGUGAGCUGUUCUGUCCCCUAUUGCUUGUAUGUCAGCUCUAAUGUCUGCUGCUAUGCGUUGGAGAUCUGAGAAUAAGGCUGAUUUUAGUUUGUCAAGCAUGGUACUCACUGAGGCAUUUGUAGCAGGGAUUGAGGAUUCACUGCUGUGGCAACCCUGGAUGUCUUCCGUCUCUGCUUCAUAUGUGGGUGAACCAUGCGUUCCGGUGCCAUCUUGGUCGCAUAAGUGCUCCGUUUGUUUCGAGCUGAGAUGUGAGUCGAUCGUUUUCUGUUUUAAUUUCUUGGAGGAUUUUGUUGGCAUUGUGUUCAGGGUAGGGCUGGAGGUUAAAUGGGUUGUUGUUGGUGGCAGAAUUGCUGUGUUCCACGCUGUAGGGCCCACAGUUUCGGCAGAGCUCUCUGUCUAUGCGACUGUGUCCAUCAAAUAUACUUUUUUUUUAAAGGCAAACAGUGUGGGGAGACUGUGUUCAACACAGCCUCUACACAUACUGUGUCCAGUCCCCCACACACUUAGCCCUCAUACAAUGUUACCACACUCACUGUGCCACAGUCAUUCACCCACCAACUUUGUCACAAUCACUCCCUUCACUCUAUCACACUCAGUUCCAAACCCUGUCACACCACCACCCAACCUUGUCACACUCACUACCCCUCACCCAGUGGCGUACUAAGGGGGGUGCGGAGGGGGCGGUCCGCCCAUGCGGCAGCCGCCCGGGCAGUGCGUCUCUGUUGAGAGCCUCAGGCGGCUGCAGCUUUGCCCGGGCAAUGCGUCCAUGAGGGCGGACUGCACCGCCCGGGUGCAGCAUGGGGAGAGGGGCUGACAGGAAGGAAGCGCUCAGCGCUCCCUCCUGUCACUCCCUCCCUGUAGCGUGGCCGAGCCCUCUAUUGGUCCGCGGGUACAGGGAGCAUCUGUCUCCUGUACCCGGCCGGGCACUGAGUGUGCACUUCCUGUUAGUCCGGCCGGGUACAGGAGACAGGUGCUCCCUGUACCCGCGGACUAUACUGGGCUCGGCCACCCUACAGGGAGGUAGGGGCAGGGGAAAAAGAAAUUGGGAGGGAGAAAGAGAGGGGAAAAAGAGAGAAGUGGGAGGGAGAGAAAUGGGAGGGGAGUGAGAAAUUGGGAGAGGUGAAAGUGGGAGGGGAAAGUGGGAGGGAAAAGGGGGAGGGAGAUUGAGAAGUGGGAGGGAGAUUGAGAAAUGGGAGGGGGGAGAAGUGGGAGGAGAAAUUGGGAGGGGGAGAUUGAGAAAUUGGGAGGGAGGUUGAGAAGUGGGAGGGGAGAGAAAUGGGAGGGAGGAGGAAAUUGGGAGGGAGGGAGAUUGAGAAAUGGGAGGGGAUUGAAAAAUUGGGAGGAGGGAGAUUGAGAAAUGGGAGGAGGGACAGGGGGAGAUUGAGAAAUUGGGAGGAGGAGGGGGGGGAGUUUGAGAAAUUGGGAGGAUGAGGGGGGGGGGAGAUUGACAUUCAUCACAUACACACAAUGCAUUACACACACAGACACACAUACACAAGCAAUGCAACCGUUACACACAAUGCAUCCCUUACACACAUGCAAUGCAUCCCGUACAUACACAGAAACACACCUUGCAGCCCUUACACAUACAAACACAAUUUCACACAAUGCAUUCCUUACACACAUAUCAGGACAUCCCCUACACACUCCACCCCCUGUGAACAAACUCAUUGGUGGAACAUGAAGGUGGACCCUGGGACCCAGACCUUGAGCUGUGUAAAGGACCCCCAAAAAAUGGAGCUGCUUCCCAUUCUCGGAGAACAUUGAUUUUUGUGACCACAGUUACAAACCGCCUCCAGAGAGCCUGUUCCGCACCAGACCAGUGGAGCCAGACUGCAGCUAGAGCCCAUCAUCAUCCUCAUCUGGUUGUAAGUAGGCAAUCUAGCAAAUUAGCACUAAACUCUAAUUUACCUCAUAUUAAAGAAACACUAUAGUCCCCAGAACCACUUCAGCUUAAUGUAGUGGUUCUGGUGUCUAUAGCCUGUCCCUGCAGGCCUUUUAAUGUAAACACGGCGGCACUGCAGCGCUGGCGUUAGUUAACAUGGCAAAUCAUAUGGGUGGGGCAUUGUGUUGUCACAAAGGGGGGGGGAGGGGCGGCAAACUUUACUUUUGCCUAGGGUGGCAAAAAUCCUUGCACCGGUCCUGGCUGGAGGGGGCUGUGUGAGCUGUGGCCGCACAGUGUCCCAUGGUAGUUAGGGUGCCGUGCGGCCAGUACAGCUCACACAAGCAAACAGCUGAUAAACUGGGCGCACGGAGGAAAUGUGUAUGUGUGACUGUCUGCCUGUGACUGUGUGUGACUGUCUGCCUGUAACUGAGUGUGUGACUGUCUGUCUGUAACUGAGUGUGUGACUGUCUGCCUGUAAAUGUGUGUGUGGGGCUACAGGGAUUUUGUAGAAGGGUGCUGGGGUUUUGUAUUGGGACAGGAGUCUUUAUUAGGGGGAUAAGCAGGGGAUUUGUGGAAGUGGGUUGCAGGGGUUUUGUAGACGGGGCAGUACAGGAUUUGUGGAAGGGGCAGGACAGAGGUUUUGUAGGAGGGGCGGGGCAGGACAAGGGUUUUGCAGGAGGGGCUGACAGCGGUUUUGCAAAGUUUAUAAAUUGUAAAAAAAAAAAAAGAAAGAAAACCUUUAACAUUUUUUUACAGUUUUUUUUUUUUUUGGGUGGUGGUGGUGGUGGGGGGGGGAGGUGCCAAGCACAGGAUCCGCCCCGGGUGCCAAAUGCUCUAGGUACGCCCCUGCCCUCACCUUAACUCUGUCAAACUCACCAGCCAUUAACUCUCAGUCACUCAUUUCCAUGACCCUUACGCUCACUUACACUAAUCUACCCUCCAGAUAGUCAUCGUCGUACGUAGUCAUCUACCAUAUAUAAAACUAAAGUCUCAUCAUAAACACAACAAACAAAUACUUCAAGCAGCCCCCUUUAUACACAACACAGUGCAAGCAACUACCCCACACACAUAUGCUUCCAGACACAGACAUACACAUGCAAACACAAGGCUGCUCAGGCACAUACACAAUACCAGAGACACAGACAUACUAAGUCAGAAUUGCACAAAUUGCAAAAAAUACAAAAAUAAUUUAAUAUAUAUAAAUAUAUAUAUCUCAAUAUAUAAAUCUAAAUAUUACAAAAUUAAAAUAUUUUCCAUAAAAUUAAAGGGAAUACUAUAGGCACCAAGACCACUUCAUCUCAUCGAAGUGGUUUGGGUGCAGUGUCUCUGCCCCCUUAAACUAUAGUGCCCAACUCUGUCACCGUUGGUGCUCGGAGUGUUCCUUAAGCAGAGACGAAGAUAUUAACUUCUAAAGUAAACACACUCAAGGAUAUUCAAACUGAUUUUUACAUUUAUAGCCAGAGUAGCAGAACUGAAAGCAUUUUUCCAAAUUUUUCCAGUUAAACGUUAAAUUUAAAAUUCACUUUAAAUUAGUGAAUGACCAUGAUUGAGUUGUAAGAUCUGAUUGAAAAUAAUAAAACCAUUUUGUCAUGGAGACUUUGUAAAUAUCAUCCAGAGGAGGUGUGGCUAGGACUGAAUAAACAGAAAAAAAACCCCUCCUAAUUGAGCAGUGAGACUACAAGGGCAUGAUCUAUAUACCAAAACUAAACUACUUGAUUAAGCUAAUGUAGUUUUGAUGCUUACCGUCACUUUAAAUUGCAAUAAAGUGUUUUUCUGGUUAGGUAGUUAGACCUACUCUAGCUGCAUUAAAAGAACACUGUAGAGUUAGGAACACAAAUGUGUAUUUGUAAGGCUGUAGUGCUCUGGCAGCCAUUCAGGCAUUUCCAUCCCCAACCUGUAGGAUGCUAGUACGCAGUGGGAGGCUAGUACACAUGCGUGGAAAAAUGCUGUGCUGCGCUAAUCUGAUGGCCUCUCUGAGACUUGAGUUUUACUCUGCCUCUAGUGGCUGUCUAGUGUUGCAGUCCAUGUAUGUCAUGGCAUGGCAAUCAGUCAUGGCAAUGGUGUGACCUGAUGGUAGUGGUUUCUUUCAGAAGGUUAAUGCACUCUGCCACACUGCAAAAAAAAAUUUCAGGAAUGGUUUGAGGAACAAUGACAAAGAGUUUAAGGUGUUGCCUUGAUCUCUAAAUUCUCUAGAUUUCAAUCCAAUUGAGCAUCUGUGGGAUGUGUUGGAAUUAAAGGUUCGAUUCUCGCGACUUGCAGGACUUAAAGGAUCUGCUGCCAAUGUCUUGGUGCCAGAUACCACAAGGCACAGUCAGAGGUCUUGGGGAGUCAAUGCCUUGACGCAUCAGAGCUGAUUUGGCAGCAUGAGGGAGGUCUACACGAUAUUAAGCAGGUGGUUUUAAUGUUGUGACUGAUCGGUGUAUAUUUUCACACAUGGAUGGAUUAGGCCGGCUAGAGUGAGGGUGGAGAAAGCUGCUCUAGUGCCUCUGUCACCUUCGGGAGUCAGGGCAUAUUUUGCAAAGACCCCGAUAGUGACAUUGCCUUGGUGUACAGUGGCCUGGGUGUGCAGCAGAAGUGAGGUAUACUUACCUGAUACUGUGCCCUGUGGGUGCCACCAUUUGCGAUUUUCCCUUCUUGGUCCUUCAACUUGUAGGAGCCCAUGUCAGUGCUGUAUUCUCACACAUGUGAGACCGGGAGAGUCUCCACAGAUAUUAUCUUGCAAUGAGAAGUUUUGUCAAGCUGAGCAUUUAGCUUAAGAGAAAGCAGCCCCUAUUUUGUCUUAUGAUAUCUUUUGACUGCGUUAUUAUUUAUUUAGUAUUAUUGAUAUUUAGAAAGCGCCAACAUAUCCCACAGCGCUGUACAAUUAGGGAGAACGUACAAUACACACAGACAAAUUCAAAAGGCAGAGAGGUCCUGCCCGUAAGCGGAGAUCUAGUCAUUGAAGCUCUUUUAUACAAAGUGCUUUGAUAGCCCGUGCUCUGCGUUGAUAUUUAAAUUACAUUUUCAUAAUAUUAAACUAAUGAAAUUCCAACACAGCCUUUAUGAGCAUUUUAUUUUCAGAUUUUAACUUUAUGAAAUGAUCAAUUUGGGGGUGACAGAGCCACUUUAAGUGACCAAAGCCUUCCCAUACAUUUUCAGGCUGUUUUUGUCCUUGAUGCAUACAUUAGAGGCUUGCAGAGUGUGUUUGAAUCACAGAUUCAGACAGUAUUUUCUCUGUAAUUUUGCAGUUGUAGCAAGACAAACAAAUCCAAUAUAACCCUUUUGCUUUUGAAAUUUGUUGUUUUUUUCUGGUUGUGCUUUGCAACUAUUUUUUCACUUUUUACCAUUCUUGGAAACUGGUUGUUAACACAGCUAGCUCUGCACCAAAUAAUGUCUUGAGUGCAAAAUUAGGCAUGUGUGAUCCAUGUCCUUGUCACCCCCACCCCCCAGACAUCUAGGGGACAUUAGAAGUGAGAGAUUGCCUCUUCUUCUCCACAUCCAAACAAUCUAAACAGCAGCCUUUUCAUCUAUUUGUCUAUAAAGUAUAUAUCAAUAUAUUCCCUUAAUAUCUGUUAGUGCAUAUAUUCAGUGUUAACAUAUUCCAAUAUAGUUCUCAAUCUCUAAAUAUAAUAUCAAUGUACUCCCCUACAUCUUAAAAAUGCAUUUAUGCAAUAUGAACAGUAAUACGAAUACAUUUUAUAAUUAAUAUAUUAGACUUAUAUUGAUGUGCCAUCUGUAUAUUAAUUCUCUAUGUCUGUUGGGCUAUGGAUCUAAUUAAUGUAUUUAUAGCCAUAAGUCUGAAUGUAGUUCUAAUAUCAAGACAUUUUAAUAAUUAUGCAUUUAAUUAUGUUUAGUUAAAACUUAUUGCACUUUGUCUAUAAGUCUGAUUGAAUCUUGUAUAACUAUCUGCCUUUAAAUCUAUCUGUCCACACACAGCACUUUCUAAGUAAAGCUACUCUGUUCUAUAUCCAGGAAUAGCCAUCUGUAUGUGUGAGCUGUAUACAGGCGGCUGAGGGGGAGGGAUACCCCACUAUAUAUGGUCACUACUCAGACCCCCGGCUCGGACCCUCACAAGGCCAGGAAGUCCUGGCUUCUCUCCAAAUAUGGAGUUAAGUGAGCAUGGGGCUUCCCUGGACAUCACUACAGGGGCCACCCUAUAUAUAAGGAUGGCUGUGUGCUACACACCCCAGCUCAUUGCUCUACCUACGCCCUCACUGCUGCAGCACGGUGAGUCCUGCAGAUCACAAAAAUCCUUCCCCUCCCUCACCCCUGUCAACCCUAUUAACCCUUUUCCUACUACCCCCCCUCACAAAAAAAAAAUAAUUUAAGAAUUAUCUUCAAGGGAGUAAUUUUUAAUGCCCUUACUGCUAAUGCAAUUUAGAAUAUGAAUUAAUCUCACUAGAUUUAGAGCCCUUAAAGACAUUACUAAAUCCCUUUUCCUUUACAGACAUGCAGAGCUUUACUAAACCCUACACUUCUGCAUCCAUGCAAGCAGAGACCUGGAGGAUUUAUUAUAUCUGCCAAGUUUAUAGGACAAUAUACAAUUUAAACCAUAGUAUGCCUGCUAACAGGGCAACACAUAGCUCUACAGUACCUUACUACCUCUGCCAUCCAAAAACUUAACCCCAUUUCCCCCCACUCUUGUUUAUGGUUUGAUAAACCUUCCAUGCAAUAACCAUUCAAGUUAGCACUUAACCCCUCUGCAAGAAUUGCUAAGCACUUCUUAAGCCCUUUCUUGGCAAAGCUGACAAAUCCAUAUGAGAGACAAUUUACAUAAGAGACAGAAAGGAACAGCUGAGUAGUAGUAACAGGUGGGGUAACUGUGGGACAGCCGCACAUGUGCUGGGGGAGAAGAGGCACUGCAAAGGAAUUCAGCAUGUGUCUCAUGUGAAACUUAAUUCUUUAUUUUCUCUUACAGCCCUUCUCCAGACUCCAUCAUGUGUGACGACGAAGAGACUACCGCUUUGGUCUGUGACAACGGCUCUGGGCUGGUGAAAGCUGGCUUUGCAGGAGAUGAUGCUCCCCGAGCUGUCUUCCCAUCAAUUGUUGGCCGCCCUCGUCACCAGGUAAGCUCUUUUAGCUCCUAAAUGUCCUUACUUUAAAAUCCUUUACUCCCUAAUGAACUAUACCUUUCCCAAAAAUGAUGCAUACAACACAAAUGACAUCAGUGUUCUAGAGAAAGUGUGGUGGUUGCAUGGAACAGAACUCAAGUAGAGGUGGCAGUCAUAAAUGACUGUCUUUGAAGGAUAUGGCUUAAAACUCCAGAUUUUCCCAUAAUACAUAGGCAACAAACAAAAAAAUUAUGAAGAGAAUUUAAGGAGUUUUAUUAUUCAUUUAAUAUACACCUACAUGGUUAAUUAUUAAAGUGUGAAUUGAUGCUAAUUUAAAUGUAAAGUGAAUUUAAAAUUUAAGGCCACAUUGCCAAAUUGAAUUGAAGUUUUGGGGUUUUUUAAGCGGUUAUUGUCUCCAAAAUAUUAAAAUUCUCUUUGAAUUCCAGACACUUCUCACUUUAGUAAUUAUCCAUGAAAAUACACUUAAAAACAAACACACACAACGUACUUGACAAUCAUUUUCUCUUUAGGCUACACGUAGCUCCUAGCCAGCCCCUCUGCCCCAAAUCUCAACAUGAGGUUGGGUAAUAUUAAGUAGUGGAGAGCCACACAAUUUUCUUCUUGCUGCACCCCACUACAAUAUGCUCCUGUUCAUUGAGUCACAAUACUUUCUUAUGAGAAGGAUUCAUAUAAUUGGUUAGCAUUACCCUCCCUUCCCCUCCCUCAGAUAGAGUAUUUAUAUUAUUUCUUAAUUCAGCUCUGUGUGACAUUUAAUAGUCUGCACAUAUUACAAGCACACGUUUGUCAUUUCCCACAUUCAUUACUCCAAGCAUCAGGUUGUCAGUUCUCAAAAGUCCUGACUGGACAGCUCUGAAAAAAAUCAGUAUCAGCAAAUAGAUUUGGUAGAAUGCCAGUUACUGCUAGAUACACCACUGAUCACAGGGAGAGGGAUUUAAAAAUGUCUGCCGAGAUAAAAUUAACCCUUCCAACUGUAGGAGACUAAACAUAGUGCAAAGCAUUUCUCACUCAGAUGGAGAAUUAAAAAAAAUAAAAAUCACAAUCUUGUUUACACCAUGCAGUGCCAGCAAUAUCUGACACGUGCAUCCAAUCUCCAUGCUUCUGUCUGUUAGCCCAUUUUACUCUCCCUUCUCCCUCCAAUGUUUGGUUGACUCUUUCAUUAUUGUUCUUUAACCAGACACUUUUAAUUCACCCCCCUCUCUUUUCACCAAUUUCAGCUUUUCUCUUGUCUGUAGUCUUACAUCUAACUUCACAUUUGCAGCCCCUGUAUUUCAGUCAUCUAAACAGUGUAACCAGCAAUAGAUUUUGCUUGUUAGGUUAAUUUGCUAAACUGUGAAAUUCAGAAAUUCAAAAUUAAGGAUUUGGAAAAAAAAAAUCAAUAAAAAAAAAUCUCAAUGACAGCUAUUUUCAACUCAGCCACAUUUCACAGUUUAGAGAGUUACCCAUGCAAGGAUUAAUUGUCAGUUUUGGAACACCAACACAUUUUAAUGUGACACUAAACUAUUAAAAAUGUAUUUGUGUAUGUUGCUAAAUUAUUACUGAAAGCAACAUGCAUCAGAAUAAUAAUUCUUAACCUACUCUUUGAAGAUAAUAGCGAAUCUAAAUGUAUCAAUAUCUGCAUUAUAAUAUUAAUGGAUAAUACAUAAAUCCUGGCUCAUCGGUGGUUCUUGAGAACUGCCGUUAGUUCGUUUUAUUCCUUGAUAUACAUUUGCCUGUAUUUUGGCUAUCUGUAUACGGACCCUUUUUUGUUCUUUAUGUUAACGUUGUAAACAACAUAGAAAAUGAAUAGCUUUAUCUUCUAGAGCAGGAGUAGGCAACCUUUGGCACUCAAGAUGUUGUGGACUAAAUCUCCCAUAAUGCCAUUACAGGCACGCAAAGCAUCAGUGCACUUUGAGUCCUCUACAUUUGGAUUGUCAAAUGUUGCCUGACCCUGUUCUAGAGUCUAAUAUUCCCAUACUGUUUUGUUUUUUAAAAGCUCCAGGCUUGCCUCACAAAGUUGUUCUUGUUUUCUGUUGAACCUUAGGGUGUCAUGGUCGGUAUGGGACAGAAGGAUUCCUAUGUAGGUGAUGAGGCACAAAGCAAAAGAGGUAUUCUGACCCUGAAGUACCCAAUUGAACAUGGUAUCAUCACCAACUGGGAUGACAUGGAGAAGAUCUGGCACCACACCUUCUACAAUGAGCUGCGUGUUGCCCCAGAGGAACACCCUACUCUGCUCACUGAGGCUCCACUGAACCCAAAAGCCAACCGUGAAAAGAUGACCCAAAUCAUGUUUGAAACCUUUAACGUCCCAGCUAUGUAUGUGGCCAUCCAGGCUGUCUUGUCCCUGUAUGCCUCUGGUCGUACUACUGGUGAGAAUAUACAUAAGAAAUAUUUUAUUUAUGAAAUGAUACUUGGCAUAAGUAUACACCUAAUGCUCAUUCCGAAUGCAUAAAUCGUCAUAGAGCACAAUGUCCCUAUAUCUCAUAUAAAGUAUCCCAUUCAUUAUCACAGUACACAUACUUCUCACCAUCAUUAAGAGCAACAUGUACAUAAACCACUAAGAUCACUAUCAAAACACUGAUCUUCAAAAAUAUUAGUAGCAUUUUCACAAUUCACCUGCAGUAAAUACACAACUAAAGUGAACUCCUUAUCUGAUGUGAAUUUGUAAGUAUUGUGUGCACACUUUUCUAAAGUUAAUUUUCUGUCAUUUCCAAACUUAUUCAUACCAAUCUACUAGCAUGCACAACUUCCACAUAAAAGUCAAUGACCAUGCCAAAGACCAUAUUUUUUUACAUUAAAAAAAAGUUUAAAUAAUUUAUAAAUGUAUUGAUGUAGGUUAAUGAUCAAUUUAUAGAUCCACACUUAUAUGAGUUUUGCAUUUACAGGUAUUGUGCUGGACUCUGGAGAUGGUGUGACCCACAACGUGCCCAUUUAUGAAGGUUAUGCCCUGCCCCAUGCCAUCCAGCGUCUGGACUUGGCCGGCAGAGACCUCACUGACUACCUCAUGAAGAUCUUGACUGAGAGAGGCUACUCUUUUGUCACCACAGGUGAGCAUCAAUUGUGCCAAGAGGCAAUUACAUACAUGUUGGAAAACUGAUGUAUAAGCAUGGUUACCAUUUUGCACAUUUUAAUGCUGCCCUUUUUACUACCCUUCACAGCUGAGCGUGAGAUUGUAAGGGACAUUAAGGAGAAGUUGGCAUACGUGGCUCUGGACUUUGAGAAUGAGAUGGCAACUGCUGCUUCCUCCUCCUCCCUGGAGAAGAGCUAUGAGCUCCCUGAUGGACAGGUCAUUACCAUUGGAAAUGAAAGGUUCCGUUGCCCUGAGACUCUUUUCCAGCCAUCUUUCAUUGGUAUGUGUGCCCCCCUCUAAACUAAACAAUCUACCCGGAGUCAUGGAUUUUUAUGUUAUUAAAAAAAGAAACUCUUCGUUCCUAGGUAUGGAGUCUGCUGGUAUUCAUGAGACCACAUACAACUCCAUCAUGAAGUGUGAUAUUGAUAUCCGUAAGGACCUCUAUGCCAACAAUGUGCUGUCUGGUGGUACCACAAUGUACCCUGGUAUUGCUGACCGUAUGCAGAAGGAGAUUACAGCUCUUGCUCCCAGCACCAUGAAGAUCAAGGUAACAAUCCACUUUUAAUACAUUGUUCCAUAAAGUUGCCUAAUUGUAGAACCUAAAAAGGAGUUUGAAAAAGUUUGAACACAAGUGCAAACUAGAAAUGUCUGUGGAACUCUCAUUCCACAUCUGUAUUCUUGACAGAAGUAGAAUGAUGGAAAAAGGACCCCUGCCCAAUUUUGUGGGAAAGACAUACAUUUGCACCCCUUUGGGAUAAAAAAGACAUGUCUAACUUUAUAAAAAUGUUAUUUUCUACAGAUUAUUGCUCCCCCUGAACGUAAAUACUCUGUCUGGAUUGGAGGCUCCAUCUUGGCUUCUCUCUCCACCUUCCAACAGAUGUGGAUCAGCAAACAAGAGUAUGAUGAGGCAGGCCCCUCAAUUGUUCACAGGAAAUGCUUCUAAACUUGAUGUACACAUUGAAACGUUUAUCCUUAUUUGUGACACAAAAUCAAAAAUAAAUUAUUCUAAGAAACUGUAAAAUCCUGGUCUUUGCAUGCAGUUAUAUACGGUCUCCAUGGAAUGCAUUAUUCUAUGCAAUACAAGUAGUACAUCAAACUACACAAUACAGAAAAAGCAACCACAUUACAUAUCAAAGGGCUAUUCAGUUUAAGUCCAUCAGGCCAUAAUUGACCCCUCCCCAAUCUGGCUGAAAAUGUUAAAAA